CCACCUCCUUCUUUAGAAUAAUCUAACGUAUCUCGCUCGCUCUCAUUCUGAAAAUAUACACAGGCCUUCUUUAUGCUCGGAAACGUCUUCGUCGUUAUUUUUUUUAUUUUUUAUUUUUAAUUCGCAUUAUCACCUAGCCUCUUAUUCUGAAAAAAUCCUCUCUCUCUCAAGAAACCCAAGUUUUCUAGUAAUUCUAGUUGUGUUUAUCGAUUCAUAAUUUGUCGAUCCCUCAUAAAAUAAUCAAUUUUUUUUGAAUAACUGGGUGUUAUUGAUAUUUGAUAUUCGUUCCGCAUAAGAUUAAGUUACAUAGAAAUUGGGUUCUGAGUCGAUUUAGUUGGAUUUUUUAUCUUUUUAUUUUCGUCCUGUGUUUUGAUUUGUAGUUUCUCUUGUUUACUCUUUUGGAUUUCUAAGUAUUUGGGAUUCCCGGAAUGCGAAUCGGAUAGAUAAGUCCGAGAAAUUUUAAGACUUCAUUGAAAAAUCGUCAAUUUCCUUGCCCCAGUUGAAGAAUUAGAAAAUGGUUGGAGGUGGGAACCGGAGGGACGAGGGAUCGUUUAAGAUGACUAAUGAUAACGUUUUUGCGGCGCUUGACAAUUUCAGGAAGAAGAAAAAGUCAGAUAAGGAUAAGGGCUCGGGGAAGAGCAGUAAGAGCGCUUUGAAAACUGGGGCUGGAAAAUCGAAAGAACCUGAAGAGAAGCCACAGGUGUACUGGUCUCCUGCACCUUUGACUGUGAAGUCUUGGGCUGAUGUGGACGAUGAAGAUGACGAUGAUUACUAUGCCACGGCUGCCCCACCCCAGUCUGUAUGGGGAGGUUCCGGUUUGAAUCAAACUGAAGAAACUACACAACCAGAUCCCACAGAGGAAAUUGAAAGUGAAGAUGAUCUUCUUGAUGAAGCUGAUGAUGUGGAGGAGGAGGAGGAGCACGAACGUGAAUCGCAAGUGCAGGAAAAGCCCGAGCUAGUACCGAUAGAGCCUCCAGUAGCUUCACCAGCACCUAAAGAGACAGAGAGGCAGCUAUCCAAGAAGGAGAGAAAGAAAAAGGAGAUGGCCGAACUGGAGGCAAUUUUGGCUAAUUUUGGUGUUACCCCAAGCGAGAAAGCCCUAGAUGAAUCAUAUGAUGCUACAAAAGAAAAGAGAGAGGGACAGUUAAAUGGAGAAGCAGGAAAGAAAGAUAGCGUCUCUGCAGAAUCCAAAAACGCAAAGAAGAAGAAAAAGAAGGAUAAAGCUUCCUUAAUGUGGAAUUAA